AUGCAGUCGUCCCCGCAGAAAGACCUGGGUAUUCCCGGUAACCCGACCCCAGCAUAUAACAAUUACAUACGAUCUACGCUGGGAAAGGGCGAGAGCCCCAUCUAUGACGACUAUUGUCAAGGGCUUGGCGCACUGAAGGCAUAUGAUGAAAAGCAGAGCGAGAUAAUUCUCAAGCAGCUGUCAAGGCUACUGCAGUAUGGCCACUUCACGAUUGCUGGGGUGCAGCUGGCACUGCAGGUCCAGCGGAUUGAUAUCGGCCGCGACGAAAAGGCGCUCAUGCGGAUUGUGCAGUACUUGGUGCUUCUGGGCUUGGGCGAUGGGUCUGCGGGCACCCCUCUCCCGGUGCGCAUGAACGCAGGCGGCAUGGUCCUGACUAAGGCCGUGGACCAGCUGGGACUUGACGCGCUGAUGACCGCCUGGAACGACCUGGGCAACGAGCGGGCUACUUUUGUUCGAAAGCAGGCGGCACUGCGGGCGCUUGCAGCCAUUACACGGGCGUCGUUAACCAGCAGGCCGGACGACGCCACCUACGUCCAGGGGCUGUACGAGACUCUGCGGGGCCUUAUGGACAAGGUGGAUGCGUUGCGGGCGGGUCGGCGGGGUCUGGCGCACAUCAUCAGUCAGGCUCAGGGCAACAAGAAGAAGAACCUGGUGGCGGAUAUGAGGCAGCGGGUGGAGAUGUGGAGUUUGUUGCGUGCGGCGUUCGCGGCGGCUCGUCUGGCACUGCCUCGGAGUGGGCUGUACAAGGUGGCGCAGCGCAGCCUGUCAGCUCUGGGUUCCUCCGACCCGGUUUGUGCCCGCCACGCUCUGGCCCUGUCCUCCCUGGUGGCGCGGGACCCGGCGGGAUGUGGCAGCUUCAUAGCGGCGGUGGAGCCGCUGCUGAAACACAACGUGGAGACGGCCAAGAGGACGGGCGAUGUUUCGGAGCGCGGUGCGGUGUUCUGGCAGGCGCUGGUGCUGCUGGCGGUGGCGGACCCCUCAGAGCGCGUGGCGCUGGAGGCCAUUCGGGCCAUGUUCGGGGCGCCUUACCCUCGCGCCACCACCGCUGCAGCCAUGAGGGCACCCGGGGCCGGAACCCGGAUCUCAGUAGCAUCCAGCCCGGUGGAGGUGGAGGCGGAGUCCUCUCAAUCCAAAAUCCUAGGAGCCUCCUGGCAUCUCGUCAUGACGCAAGCACUGGAGCAACCGCCAGUGACGGAUGCGGCAGCUGGCGGCGCCGCCGCGGCCGCUGCCGCCGCCGCCGACUCCGGCAUCUUUGGCCGCAUCGCACGCCGCCUGCUCCGCUGCUUGCAGUCGCGUUCCCAGUCCUUGGUGUGUGGUGCGGCGCGUGCGGCGGCGGUGUUGGCGGAGAGCCGUGCCUGGUUCCAUUCGCUGAGCGGCGGACACGGACACGAGGCCGAGCCGGAGGGUGUACGGCGGUGGAUGCGGAGCUUGCAGGGGUUCUUGUUGAUGCUGGCGGGGGAUGAUAACGUGAGCGGGUGCGAACGAGCGGCGGCGCUGGAGGCACUUAUUUGGAGCCAGGGCAUUGACCAGCCACCAACAGUGUCUCCGGGCCUUAUGCUGCGCGCGGCGUCUCACGGUGGAUUUACCGCGGCCCCCAUCGCCCGCUACACCUUCGCCGACCCCUGGCCGUCCUGGCUGCUGGCGGAGAUGCUGGGGGUGCUGGCGCGGCGGCUGCGCUGUACGGCAGGGAUGCCAGCGGAGCUGGUUCUGGAGCUGGCGGGUGCGCUGGCGGCGGGCUCUCCCAGCGGCAUGCCGCGUGAAGCCCUUCAGACGUUGUGGGACCUGGCACCCGGGCCGCUAGCCGCGCGUGCCGCUCUGCAGCUGCUAUCCGCCCCCCUGCCACCGCUGUGCCAGCCACCCGCCUCAGCGGCGGUGGAGGUCAAGUCCAUUGCGGCGCAGGCAGAAAUGGCCUUUUACCACCUCAAGGCGAUGGCGGCCUGCUGGCUUGGCGAGCACGUCAACAGCAUUGCAGGGGAGUACGCCUGGAAGUCCUGGGAGACCAAGAUGGGACCCGCAGCGGAUGCCGCCGCCGCGGCGGCGGCGAUGCCGCCGGAGGCGGCAACAGUAGCAGCGGAAGGACCAGUGAUGGCGACGGCGACGGCUCCGCCGCCACCGCCGCCGGCGGCGCCACAACAGCACCGCCUUGCCGACGGGCGUUGGGGCAGCGCCGGUGGCGGCGGUGGCGGCGGCGACACGUCGUCGCUGGUUGGCGGCGCCGCCGCCAAAGGCGGCUGCUGGGGCCCGGAGGCGGCUGUAGCACGUAUGGCAGAGGCGGCGGUGUCGCAUAGUCCCUUACUGGCGAUGACGAUGGCACAUCUCAAUCGGGGGAUGCUGACGGGUGCGAACGUCGUUCGGGUGGCCGCCGCCCAGGCCCUGGCAAAGCUAUCCGUACGAUCAGGGGAGCCGUACAGAAUCCAGUGCUACAGCCUGUUAUCGGCGGCGGCGGGCAGGAUCGGCGGCGUCAGUGGCGGCGGCGGCGGUACGGCAGCGGCAGUGGUUGAUCCGCUUGGGCUAGCGCCCGUGGUAGGCCCUGCGCUGGAGGUGCUGGAUGCCAUGUAUGCGGGCGAGCUGGUUCUAGAGCGCCAUGUCAGCCAGUACGGCACCCGUGCUCAUGGCUGGCCUGAGGCGGCACUGGAGUCCCUGCGUCGGCGCCAUGAGUGGCUGCUGGGGGCCAUCAGUUGUACGAUAUGUGCCGUACCUCGGGAGUUAUUUCUGCCGUUGGGCCCGCGGAGCAGGAGGCUGCUAUUCCCGAGUAAGUACGGCAGCUGGCGUUUUGUGUGUGUAGGGGGUGCAGAGGUUGAGGCAGACGACAAGGAGGAUGCCGAAGAGGACGCCCGCCAAGCCGCCGCUGCCGAGGCACAGCAACAGCAAGAGCAGCAGUACGGCGACCAGCAGUAUUAUGACGAGUACGGACAGCCGUACCAGUACGACUACAGUGCAGCGGAACAGUACGACUAUGGGGAUUACUACAACAACGCGGCUCAGCAGCAGCAGCAGCAGCAGCAGCAGGAGGACCGGGACCAGUACGGCCAGCAACGAGACCCCCUGGCAAGGUUAGGCGCGAUGGGGGAGGCGCGUCCUGGAGUGGUGCUGUACUCCUUCCAGGCGGAGACGGAGGGCGAGGUAUCAGUGACAGCGGGCGAGUCUGUACGUGUCGUACACGACCUCGGCGAAUGGUACGAGGUGCUGACGGCAGGUGGCCAGCAGGGCGUAGUACCAGCGUCGUACGUCCAGCUGUCGGACGAGCAGCAAGGGGGCGACGGCGGCGCUGGCGGCGGCGGCGGCGGCGGCCGCGGCCGCGGGCAUGCAUUGCCGACGUCGUUGGCAUCGCAGGCAUCUGUUGGAUCGGCGGCGGCGGGGGCGUUGAGCGCUCAGUCGUCUUUCGCGGUGGACUACUACACCUUCCGGUACGACAACCCUGAGUACGACUCCGGUAAUGGCGAUGGCGCUUACGGUUCGUACUAUGGGGAUUAUGGAUCGCAAUACGGCGCUGACCAGUACGGCACAGGAGCGUACGGCAAUGGCGCGUACGGCGGGGGAGGCAUGUACGGCGAUGAUGGCGGCAGCUCGGCGACAGCGGAGCGCGGCGGCGGCGGCAAGAAGAAGAAGGGCUUUGGAGGUUUCGACGACUUCGGUGCGGUGCUCGCGGAGGUCAAAAACGCGGCAGCGGCGGCCAGGCAGCAACAGCAGAGCACAGAUCGUCGAACAGGUUCCGACGGCGUCGAAGACAACAGAAGCAGCGGCGGCGGCGCCGCCGCCGCCGCUGCAGCCGCCACCAUCAGUACCGCUGGCGCCGCUGCAUCGCCAUCGCUGCCUCAGGCCGAGGCCGGUACGACAUCGUACGUCACGACGCCAGAUGCGGCGGCUGCGGACGUUGUUGGGAACGUCUGGUCCGCCAGCGGCCAACAGGACGCAGCGCCGGGGGUUCCAGCGGAUGGCGGCGGCGGCGGCGGCCGGGGUACGGCCAUGUACGAGUUUGUGGCGGAGAUGCCGGGCGAGCUGUCGGUAGCGGCCGGGGAGGAGUUGGAGGUUCUGGGGCCCGAGGCGGAUGGCUGGUACACGGCCCGCCUGGUUUCCGACCCCUCCAGGGUGGGCAUUAUCCCGGCAUCCUACGUGCAGCUGCAACAGUAAGAUGUAAAAGCACAGCCGGAGAAACCUACAUACUUACAUACCUACAUACACACAUAGACCAUGUGUCUGCCUUGUUGCCUAUUUUGGCCAUUUGGCCGCUACUUGCCUAUCGUGGGGUCCCGCAUGGGAAGGCGCCCACCCCAUGACUUUGCGAAACACACAUGGCACGCUGCGCUGUCCGUUCGCUGAGGCACUUGUCGUAAAGGUCAUGCGGCUGGUUAGCGUGUAUGUAUGUAUGUACAUGUGGUGACAUGU